AUGAGCGUCAGCCUCGUCUCGGCUCUCUUGUGCUGCUCGGCGGCGACGGUGCUCCUGCUGAGAUGGCGGCGGCGGCGGAAAGUCCAGAGGAAGGUGGAAGAGGCGAGAGAAAGGCGAGAGCGCGCGCUGGAGCGAAUGCUAAAAGCUGCCCGAAAGUUCAAAGAGCAGGUAGGUGGCGUCGAGGUGGAAGCGGCUACUCGCUGAGCGCACCUGAUUCCUGCCUGGAGGGCGGGGGGGACGGGGACGGGACAGCUGGAGGCACCGAGCAAGGGUCGUCGGAAAACCCCCGAAGCGGAAAGAACCGGCUGGCUUUGUCUCCCUGGAGGGUCACGGGGCAGAGGCAGCUGCAGCCCUAACGUCGAAGGUUCCUCCUGUAACUUUAAGGCUGUGGUGAGAAGCCUCUGUCCUCAAUGUGCGUGUGAAUGCACACACCAAGCCUCCUUCUUCCCAGCCGCUCCCCCUAUUGGCCCUAUUUCAGCAUCUCAUUGAGUGUGUGAGUGUGCGUAUCCUCCUCCUCCCGUUGCAAGGUGUCCUUGGACUCUGAUAUUCAAUUACUUUUCCUGGAUGGAAGAUGGAGAAGGGGUGUAUCUGUGUGUUGCGCGCUGAAACUAGCCUGCUGUAUGAAAGCAAUUUUUACAUGCAUUGCUCUGCUCACUUUAACUUCUGAAUCUGUGCGCCACUGGUACGUGGCCCCCAGAAGGGGAUGGCGGCCCCCAGAUUGAUUCUGCUUGCCCGUGCUUUAAGGGUUCCUAAAAGGCAGCUGUGCCUUUUCACAGGGCUGUGGCAGAGAGAGAAGCUGCAUGGACUCUGUUCUGUGCAACAGUUGCAUUUGUGGGCAGAAGUACGUCCCACUAGAUUGACCUUGACUCAUUACCAUGUACUUUGUGGCAACUUCCAGACACAAGCAUAUUAAGUGUGAACUUUAGUCUACAAAAGCUUAUGCCUGCAGAAAUCUAUUUGCCUUUGCUGCCAUGGCUUUUUGUGGUGGGAGUGGGUGGCGCUGUGAUCUAAACCACUGAGCCUCUUUGGCUGGCGGUUCAAAUCCGCACAAUGGGGUGAGCUCCUGUUGCUCUGUCCCAGCUCCUGCCAACCUAGCAGUUUGAAAGCAUGCCAGUGCAAGUAGAUAAAUAGGUCCCGCAGUGGCAGGAAGGUAAACGACGUUUCUGUGCGCUCUGGCACUCGUCACAGUGUCCCAUUGCACCAGAAGCGGUUUAGUCACGCUGGCCUCAUGACCCGGAAAGCUGUCUGUGGACAAACGCCGGCUCCCUCGGCUGAAGCGAGAUGAGCGCUGCACCCCAUAGUAACCUUUGACUGGACUUUACGGUCCAGGGGUCCUUUACCAUGGUUUGUGGUAUUAAGAACAGCCAAGCACUGAAAUGUGGUAGAAUGAUGGUGAAGAAAGUUUUGCUUGCUAAACUUAUGUGAGUUGGGCUGGGCUGGUGACUGAGGUGUCACAAUCCAAUCAAAGGCUUGGAUUUAUUUACCGUAAUUAACAGUUCAAAAUAGAUUGAGAGAAAGUGACUUGCUCAGUGAGCUUCCUGAGUGAAUUGAGAUUUGAAAUUUAGUCUCCAUGGUCCUACUCUAACCAUUACACAACGCUGAUAAUGAUGAUUUUUAAAGUAUGUUGUAGAUUUCAAGCUCAAGAAAGCUUAGGUCGAAGAACUGGAAAGUUCCCAGUGUACUUUCAGCGGUACAGCACAAUCACAUCUUACGUGUGUUAAACAUAUGGUUGCAAAUUCAACCAUAAGUGCUCAGCUGUCGGGCGGGGAGAGUGGGGAAGAAGUGUGGGCCACCCCACCCACUGUUCCACUCAACAAGUGGCCUUGGAUUGUGAUUCCCUCGCUAAGAGUGGUUAGGACAGUCCAAGACCCUGAAAUGCAAGUCACGUACCUGUCCCAGAGCGCAAUGGAAGAAACAAUGUGGCCACGACAAGUCCAGUCUCCAUGUAAUCAAGUUUUGAGAGAGAGAGGAAUUCAUCAGGCCAUGUCAUCAAGUGCUCCACUGACUGGCUGUUAAUCUUAAUGUGAUGGAGUGUUGGAAGCCCUGGCAGACGAAGGUGGGGAUGGGGGGAGCGGGUCACCUCGGGUGCCAUCGCGGCUGCCCCUGCCCCCUGGGAUGCUCGGUGCUCGCCACACAUGCCCUGGGACGCCUGUGGUCGCCGUUCACGCCCUGUGACCCCCACCCCCCGAUUCAUGCCAUGCCCCCACGGGUGGUGAGCCACGCCCCCUGGGACGUGCACCACGCCCCCUGGGAUGCACACCAGCCACGCCCCCGGAUGUAUGCCAUUCCUAGGUGCCGGAGCAGGUAGCUCCACCACUGGUUGGAAGGCCUUUAACACUGCCAGUUGUACCACUUCUAUUAUCCAAGCAAUGGAUGCAGUCAAGCCUGAAUCAGUCUUGCAAAGGAGGCUGCUCCCAUGUUACCAGCCAAUGAGUAAUUGCGUCUGAGAGUUGCUGAAAGCAGGUUUUUGGAUCAGUAUCUUCAGAUCAAGUCAAGUACUCUUUCCAAAGGAUUGCGUUAGGUUGUGCAACAAAAGUAGUUUUAGCAGGGUCCCUCCUCUUGCUGUGUUGAAACACAAGCACUUGCUUUUAUGUUGUGGAAUUAUAGAAGCAGUUGGUGUGAGUCAGCAAUGUAGUAUGACUGCCAAAUAUAUAUAUAUAAAAUGGACUCGAUCAGUGUUUAGGGGUACUCUCAUUUUCCUACUCAUAUUGAAGUACUGCCCCUCAAUGGGGCCAAACUUAGAUUCACAAAAUGUUUAGGGGUAUGCGUACCUCCCAAAAACAACAACACUGGACUUGAUAGUUUUUAAAUUUUUUAUUAUUAUUACUAUUUCUCCUUCAGAAUCCAGGUCACAAACCGGAACCCAUCUUGUCUUUGGCUCUUCCUGAACUCUGUGGGAAACUGAGGGAUGGAUCACUCUCACCUGAGAAUGUCCUUUAUUCCUACAUGGACCAGGUGAGGUGUGGCUGACAUUCCACCAAAAGCAAUGGGAAAUGAGUGUGGGGAAGGGAAUGUGAUGGACAGAGUGAAGUUUUGGCUGGUAAACUGUGCCCUUUGUUCAAGAGAAUCCAGGGUGAAAGGGAACUGACCCCGUCUAUUGACAGCUGCUAGGAGCUUGUGUUCCUGCUCCCUGCCUGAAAAAUCACUCUGCUCCAAUUUUCUGGAUUUGUUUAUUUGCCCCAGUUUCUUUCCCUGCCCACUUCUUGUAUCUUGGCUAUGAGACCCUGCCUGCAAACUCACUGUAUAAUGUAUAUUAUAAUACCUGUACAGUGCUUAGAAAAUUUUAGGCGCUUUGUAAAUGUUGAAUACUUGAAGGUUUUUGUGUUGGACAUCUAUGUUGUUGUUGUUCAUAUAGCGCCAAUAUUGUUCAAAAUGUUUUGCACAUAAUUUGUUCCCUGUGUGCCACUGGGGACUUAGUACUACAGCGGGAACUGAAGUGGUUUUGUCACUCAAGCAAAUAAAUGCUACAUAGCAGACUGUAAAUCCUUUGUCUGAACAUCGGUCUGCUGCUCAGGGUGCCAACAUGGAUUUCCCUUGCAUUCCAACCCUGAACCGAUUGGUUUGAUAAGUAACUUUCAUUGGAAAGAGUCCAGAGGAGGAGGACAAGGAUAGUGAGGGGCCUGUUGAUCCAAUCCUAUGAGGAAAAGUUGAAACAGUUUGCUAUGUUUAGCCGGGAGAAUAUAUGGUUAAGAGGCAAUAUGACAGCGGUCUUAAAAUAUUUUUAUUUAUUAAUUAAAUUUGGGUACUGCCCUUCAUCCAAAGAUAGCAGGGCGGUUCACAACAUCAAAAUACAAAAUGAGAGCAUAAAAUACAUAAUAAAACAAAACAAUAACCCCUCUCCCUCACACAAACACAUUAUUUCAUUUUAUUAAACUUGAUAAGUUGCAUAGAUGGUGGAGAAAUAAUAAUAAUAAUAAUAAUAAUAAUAAUAAUAAUAAUAAUAAUAAUAAUUUCUACCCCACCCAUCUGGCUGGAUUUCCCCAGCCACUCUGGGCUGGAGAAACUUUAUUUCUAUUGUUCCAGUGGGUAGAACCCAAACUCCCAAGUACAUAAAAGGGGAUUUUGACUUAACUAUUGGGAAAUAUGUCCCGAUUAUAUGAGGUACUAAGCUGUAGAACAGACAGCUUAGAAGGUGGGUUGAACUGAUUGCCUUUUCCUGCUUUUCACAGGCCUUGAAAGUGACUAGAGAUGUCAACUGUGUGACCGAUUAUCUGGAAGAUUGUGAGUCUCAGCUUCUGCACAUGAAAAGUCAGGGGAAGAAGGGUUUGCUCUAUGGCGUUCCCAUCAGCAUCAAGGACUCCAUUGACUGCAAGGUACCACCAAUCUUGGCCAUGGGCAACAAUGCCCUGUGCUCAUGUGUCAAACCAGUAAAUUUGUAGAGAAACCAUGUCUUAGAAAAAUUGCUGAGCCAAACUUCUUAUUUAGCAGAAUCUGAGGGGCAGGGUAGGAUUGGCAUUGUAGCAUGACAUCUUUACUUUUUGAAGAAAUGAGACUUGGAUCUAAGGUUGCCAUAUUUCAGAAAGUGAAAAUCAGGGCACAAAAGUUGUUUUUGGGCAAAGUUGUUGACCCUUUAAAGCUAUUUUUAAGGAAAAGCGGCACACAUAAUGGGUCACCAUACAACUGAAUUUUCCUGGACAUUUCUGCUGAUUCCUGCCCGGACACUGCUUCUGACUGCAGUAUUUUGGGUAUGUCCAGGAAAUUCUGGAUGUAUGACAACCCUACUUGGAUCCCAUUCCUUGGGGUCUGAUUCAUUCAGAAUGAUGUGCUGUUCCUAAUUCGGGGGCAGUUUUUCAGUGUGACAUGGCAGUUGCAUAGUGGAGCUUCCAUAAUCUGAUGUGAUGAUCAGUCUUCUAAUUGCUUUCGUAUGUGCUUUCGUAUCCAGCCCCAUCACAUGCCGAAGAUCCUCUUUCAAGUUGCAUUGUAGUAGGAGAUAUGUGUUUGGUUGCGAAUGCCCUCCUGCACGUAGUGGAGCAUUAUCUUUUGCUGGGUCAAUUCCUUUACAAAACCAAUUGCUGUGCUAGAAUCCUGUGGAGGGGAAACCCUACUGAACCGUGGCAGUGGGACUGACCCGUUAGCCUUCUAGUGUACAUGUUGACAUGAACGUAGCCAUGUUGGAUACAACUGAUACUCGCUUCAAAUUUCUCCAUGGAUAUAACUCUCCAUCAUCAGGAAUAUUACUAGCCAAUUCAUAUGUGAAAGAGCAUUGUGACUUAUACUGCAGGCAGCAUUACUGUUUGAUAUCUGAAGGAUCUGGGGUAGGAACCAGAUAUCUUAACUCUGUUCUCUUCCCCACCCCACCCCCAGGGCCAUGACUCCACACUGGGCCUGGUGAAGCAUCUCAGCCUUCCUGCAGCAACAGAUGCGGUUGUCAUUCAGGUGUUGAAACAUCAAGGAGCAAUUCCAUUUGUAAAAACCAAUGUUCCUCAGUCUUUAUUGAGGUAAAUCAUAUAAUCCCCCCUUUGCUAUAUUUCUGUGUGGGCAUUUACACAAAUAACAAAUACUAUGAGGAAAGGAGUUGAAUAUGGUUCACCUGUAGAAGAGAUAAUUCAGGGGCAAGAUGACAGUCAAAUGUUUGAAGUCGCAUACUGUAAAUGGUAGAGCAAAAUUUUUCUUCUCUGUUGAUCCAGAGCUAACAGGUUCAAAUUAAAUGAAAGAGGAUUUUGGCUGAACAUUGGGAAGGACUUCCUGAUGGUAUGAGCUAUUCAUCUGUGGAACAGAUGGCCUCAGAAAGGGGGUGGGCUUGCCUUCCUUAGGUGGUCACCUAGACUGCUUAAAAAACCAGGUAGCAAUGGAUUUCCUUGAUCAGCAAGGGGCAGGUGGGGGCAGCUAGAUGACCUCUGAGAUACUUCCCAACUCUGAUUCUAUGCUUUAAUGAAGUUUUAUUUUUAUGUAAGUUAACUGAGCCUCCAUUAAGAAACAAUAAACUACACUUGUUUCUGUUCCUUUUGCCAGAGAGUAGCUCUCGUUCAGUUUAUUUGCUCGAGCCUGUUAUUCUAGGAAGAAGAGUAAGUGAAAGAGGGAAUUUAAACUCUCCCCAUUUGCUUGCUGGCCUCUCCGAGUGGUGCAUAUAUCAGAGGAAACUUCUUACUUUGCAUGCUCACAGUAUUGUGAGUGUUAAGAAUUCCAAUAUCAAUAACUCCAGUCUAUAGAUAUUGUGCAUAGGCAAGAGGUUGGGCUAGAUUACUCUGAUUCUUUAAACUCAAUAGGUGUUUUCAGACAUCAGAAGCCUGGGAUGACUAUGUGAUGUGUGAAAGCACUUUUCUGUGGAUAAAUAGAAGAUGAAACAAAUGCUGUCAGACAGAAGUUAUGAACUGAAUGCUGCAAAACUGCACCCAUAUGGUUUAUAAUGGGCCUUCUAGAAACAAUCACAAAUGUGGGGGGUUUUUUUUGUUCUUUUAAGCAUUUAAACUGUUGGGCAUUGUUGUGAUUGCAGUGGAGUGUGGCAAGUGGUUUUGUUAGCUAGGCAACAAGACUUUUCCAGAGCUCUCUCUAGCUUUGUUUUCUCUUGAAAUCAGCCUCUGAAUAGCUGUGGAAUAGUUGCUUCCUGCUUGUCAAGUGGUAUAUGACCCCACCUUCUCUCUCAACCCACUGUCCACCCAACCCUUUUGUUGUGAUGGGCAGCUCUGUGGUAAUGAGAGGAUUGGUAACUUGCAUCAUGCUUCAUUAGACAAUUCCUGAUUGUUUCAUUUUCUUGGUGUUUAAAAGGGUUUGUUCUGACUCCAUAUUUUGUUAGGUGCCUCAUGAAUUCUUGUGGUUAAAGGGCAGGGUAAUAUCUGAGACUGGAACAUAAUGACAGGAUUUGUUUAUUUUAUGCACUGGAUUUUAAUUCUGCCUUUCUGCCAAGGCACCUGAGGUGGGUUACAAUUUUAAAACACUAAAACUACUACAUUAUAUCAAAAGUACAGUGGCAGAGUCCUCUUGAGCCACCUGAGUCAGUGGUAUGUGUGCUCCGUGGCCUGGUCUCCCUCAGUUCUGCCUUCCCUCAGUGCACACAGGUCUUCAGCAGCCCCAGGGAAGGUGGGAAUCAGGUGCCCUGACACAUUGCUGGUUCUAUCAGGAGCUGAUGGUGUGUGUACCCUCUGGCCUCGUCUUCCUCACUUUUUAGUGUGGUGGCACCUACACUUUGGAACUCCCUGCCUAUUGAUAUGAAUCAGGCACCUUCACUGUAUACUUUUUGGUGCCUGUGAAAAACAUUUUUGUUUAGGCAAGCCUACCUGGAUGUUUAGAAAGUUGAUGCAAGUUUUAUUCUGUUUUUAGUCCAUUGCUGUUUUACUCUUGGAAAGUCUUAGAUUGUUACUGAUUCAUCUUAUGGAUGAGUUUAUCCUUUUUUUUUGUAAACUGCUUUGAGGGUUUUAUCCAAUCAAGUGGUGCAUAAGUGUUAUGAAAUAAGUAAAUAAAUAUAUUUAUAUAGGGGGUUGGGCAAGGGAGCUGCAGCCAUAGCACGGAUCCUAUCUGGGAUAGGGGGCGGCAAGGUAUAUUUGACUUAGCUGUGGCUUAAUCAUCUGACUGUCUUCUCUUGUGUUUUUAGCUAUGACUGCAGCAACCUGAUCUUUGGUCAGACGCUCCAUCCUCUGGAUCAUUCCAAAAGUCCAGGUGGUUCUUCAGGAGGCGAAGGUGCUCUUAUUAAAAGUGGAGGAUCCAUCUUGGGCUUUGGUACAGAUAUAGGAGGCAGCAUUCGUAUCCCGGCUGCUUUCUGUGGAAUUUGUGGAAUCAAAACCACAGGUGGCCGAAUUAGGUACAGUGCAAGUUUGCAGCCUUAAAAGACAGCAUUUAAGCUACAUAGAUAGAUAGAUAGAUAGAUAGAUAUAGAUAUAGAUAUAGAUAUAGAUAUAGAUAGAUAUAGAUAUAGACUAAAGCCUUUCUUUGGGGGCUGGUGGGGGCUGUUCUUCACAGGAUCCAAGUUCAUUGUACACAUAAAGGCAGAAGGCGCCCAAGAAUCAGGCAAGCUAUUAACCCUUGGAGCAGAAAGCUACAAAUUUAAGUUCUUGCACAGGCACUAAACUUGUUGGGGAGUUAAUUCUUUCUUUCUUUCUUCUUCUUCUUCUUCUUCUUCUUCUUCUUCUUCUUCUUCUUCUUCUUCUUUUACUGAUGUGCACUUUCAAAAUGGGCAGCAAUCCUAUGCUCUCUUAUCUGUGAGUAAGUUGCAUUGAACUUAAUGGAAUUUUCUUCCAGUCUCUCAACUUUUCCCUGCUUGGACAAAAGGCCUUUUGAGAUUUUCCUUUAAUGGGAUGUGCUAGAUUGCUGGCUAAGAUUUAUCCCUUCUUCAGUGGAGAGAACUCUCAAAGGGGUGAGAAGCAGCAUCUCUGCUGGCGUCUGGGAAUAGAUUCCCUGUUAGAACACUGUGGAAACUUAGGUGUUGGAAACCAGCAACCCUGAAAGCUGUGCUGAAACAUCUUCUCUGGUGAUCUUUUCACAGCAAAAAAGGAGUUAUACCAAGCAUUCGUGGGCAGAAAUCAGGUUGGUGAUUAUCAUUUGCUUGGAAAGAGUAAGAUGUCAAGGUGGUGAAAAUGUGGUAGCUUUGAAUUCUUACAUAGUAAUGGGUUAACCCAACUUUAUACACUUUUUUCUUAAAAAACAACAACACUCUACCUUGUCAUCCUUUUAAAAAAUGCAAAAUGAGUUCUAAAAACAUGCUGUUAGGGAUGUGUGUUGAUAUUUUGCUGUCAUGUUGAAGUAGAAAUCUUCAGUCAUGAGGACCAGAAGCUUUUUAAAAAUUGAAGAGGUUUUUGAGUGGCAGCAGAUGUGGAAAUUCUAGCAAGAAAGGUCUAUGUGUUGAGGUCUGCACGUAGCCCACACCCUUCCUGUAAUAAACAACUGACCAGCUUCUUCCAUAAGUCCCUUUACAGUAGUAUUUAAUUUGCUUUUCAGAUAUCAGGUUUUUUUUUUAAAGGCUUCAGUUUUCAUUGCUUAUUGAAUGGUGAAGAGAUUCCAAAGGGGCGUUAGACAGCAGGGCAAUUUGUUAUGAGUUAGCUUUUACUGGAUUUCUUCUUACUUGCUUUUUGUAGUGAAAAGAGCUUCAGUUAGUGCUCUGAUCCCCAUGAUGCCUUGCUCCCAGAAGUGUUUUCCCUGUUUUGAAAGAUGAUCCUAUUGUCAAGACUUGUUCUCUUUUAUUUUUUAUUCCAGCGACUGCUGGCAUAGGGCCAAUGGCGAAAGACGUUGACAGCUUAGCUCUCUGCUUAAGAGCUCUCUUGUGCAAUGAAAUGUUCCGGCUGGAUCCCACAGUGCCUCCCCUCCCCUUCAAUGAGCAGGUGAGAGGCUGAAGGAAAAGGCACCCUCCUUUUUAUGAUAAUCAGAUGCAUGGUGAAAGCAGUAACAUUGCUCUGCCCUUCCUUGUGGGCCACUUCCAAUAUGUGGGAUUAAAAAAACAACACCUUAUGUACUGAUGCUCAAGAGUUUAACAUACAGUGUUCACUGCUGACAGACAUUUAUUUAGUUGCUGAACCACUGGGGGGAGGGGUUUGUCUAAAUCCUUUACCCGUGCAAUCUGGCUAUGAUUCUAUGACUAGCCCCAAACCUGGGAUCUGUGUGUACAGCACAAACAUUUGCAGGGAGUGAUCCUUCAUGGGCGCAGCUUAUAUAUGCAUGAGGGCUGCCUCUCUGCAGAUGUCCAGGCUGGACAUGGGGAGGAGAUGAGGCUAGUUGGCAUGGACCCCCUUUGUACCUUGAAAGAACUGGGGUGACUAAGGUCCGAGAGGAAUAAGAGUGCUUUCCUUGCAGUGCAAACCUUGAGCUUCACAAAAUGGAGGUUCUGGUGCUCACUUCUAUGGGGAAUGUUAUAUCCUCUGCCCUAGAAACCUUCACCCUAAUCCCAGGUGUGUUGGAGUGUGCUGUGAUGAGAUGCAACAGGCUCUCUUCAUAUGCUCGGAGGAUGCGUUCCAUAUUAGUACCUCACACAGCACUGGCACUUUAAAGUAAGAUCUAGCAGGCAGCUCUGGCUCAUAUUUUAAGUUCUGCUGCCAUCCCAGAUUGUGCAGUUUAUUAGUCUAUUCUAGUCUGGAGGGGGUGUCUGUGAACAUUGGACCUAUAUUCCUGACUGUCUGUGCUGAGGGCAAGGGUAUUGUGGGGUGAAAGAGGUUAAGAACAACAUGUAAAUCCUUCUGGAUCAGACCGGAAGCCUCCCUAGUCCUCAUCCUAUUCCCACAAGCUUGUGAGGGAAAAUGAAGGGUCUUACUUACAUGAGAAACUGCAUAACAGUGUUCUUCAGAUACAUUCCUCCCUACAGAAACAGGUAGAAAAUGGCACAACAUCACCUAUUGGGAAAAGUAGACUUGUGCAGAUGUAGUGCAAUCAUUGCUUAAGGUACACUGGGAAUUCAGAUUUUCAAGAUGCUUUCUCUUGGCAUGGAUAUGGGAUUAUUCUGAGAAAUAUCAUUGACUAGUAGAGAAUGGGGCUGCAUUCAGACCAUAGAUUUGAAUCACAAACCCGUCCCCAAGAAUCCUGGGAACUGUAGUUUAAGGGUGCUGGGAAUUGUAGUUCAGUGGAUGGUGAACUACAGCUCCCAGGAUUCUUUGGAGGAUAAGAUGUCGACACUUAAGAGCUUGAUCUAGUGCAUCUGUCUUUAAAGACUCCAAAAUGAUUAUGUUAUGUUUUGAUUUCCAAACUGUUCUCUUAACCUUGUGAUCAUUUUAUCUAGGUGUACUCCAGUUCUCAGCCCCUCCGGAUAGGUUACUAUGUCACAGAUUCCUUCACUAUGGCAAGCCCUUCCAUGAGACGGGCUGUACUAGAAACCAAGCAACUUCUGGAAAAGGCUGGCCACACGGUAUGUAUCUGUCUCCACACCUACAAACACCCCCCUCCCCACCAACACCACCUAGAAUUCCAUUGAUGUCCUGGGCAAGAGAAGAUGGGGUGGCUAAGAAGUAGAAAGUCAGUCAUAUUUUAAUGAAGAAGGAAAAAGUCCUUAAAUGUGUUUCCUUUUUCCUUUUUUUGUGAUGCUUUACAUCUUAAAGAAUGAGAACUCAGAAUGACCAGUAUGCCAUGAUAAGGUGGGGUUGUGACUUGCUGCACUAUGCUAACUUUAAUGCCUCCCAUUUUCAUAAGCUAUCUGCUGAUCCUAGACCUGAACAUGGACAAUACAUGAUGAUUAUUUGUGUCUGGCUUUAGACUCGGUAUUCCUCACUGCUCUAACCUCAAGCAUAGCCGCAUAUAGAAACCUUUCAUUUAAGUGGGGAUGGAUAUUUUACUUCUUUUCUUUUCACCACAUGAUUUGGGGAGAAAAUUUUGAAACUUCUCCAAUUUCUCUAGAAUGCCAGAAUCUGGGCAGUAAGAAAUAGCUCCAGUUGAGGGUUGUUUGAAAGAAACAACAUCUGCCUCCUUCUCUAGAACUUGCUGUAGUUAACACUGCCAGGAAAGCUGGCUGCUGUUCUUGCAAAAUGCUUUCCAUGAAGAAUGAAUGAGUGAUUUAUUUAUUUUUUGCAAGUCAGAAGUUUACCUUUGUAUGGCAUUACAGAGAGAAAGAUUCUCAUCCUGCACUCUCGCUUUCCUUUUCUAGCUGGUCCCCUUUAAGCCCUGCCGCACAGAUGAUUUCAUGUGUAGCAUUUCUGCCAAGGGCUUGUUUGCUGAUGGCUGUGCCACUUUUUUAGAAGGCUUGUAAGUAUUCCUGUAUGUAUAAAUGCUGGCAUGUGUAUAUGCACCCACACCAUUAAACCCCAAGAAGAAGAAGAAGAAGAAGAUUGGUUACUUACCUUACUUUGGGUGCAAAGGCUUUCACCAUCAUGUACUCAUCAGCAAGAUCCUGCUUCCAUUUUUCACAUUGGCUACUUAGCUAAGCAUCUCGCUCAUACCUUUCUUGGUGAGGUCACUGCUUCUUCUUUCCUUUCUGUUCUCUUUAUCCUGCUGUGUUUCAGAGUUCUUUCUGCUGCAUGGUGGACAAGGGGAAUAAUAAUAAUAAUAAUAAUAAUAAUAAUAAUAAUAAUAAUAAAUAAAUAAAAUAUAUAUUUAUACCCAGCCCAUCUGGCUAUGUUUUCCCAGCCACUCUGGUCAGCUUACAGUAUAUAUAAAACAUAGCAAACAUAGUAAAAAAAGAAAAAAAGAAAAAGCAAACCAUCAGGAUUUUUACCUGAUGCAAAUAAAAGUAUUUUUUUUUUAAUGUUAUUGUGCAGCAUUAUAAUUUCCAUUCUGUCCUUUCUCUCCCAAGAGUCAGGAUGGCAAACAGCAGGGCAGCAGAACAGUGUGAUCAGAAAUACAGUGGUACCUCAGUUUUCAAGCGUCUCGGAAGCCAAACAUUUCGGUUUUCGAAUGCCGGAAGCCCAGAAGUAAUGGCUUCCGUUUUCAAAUGCACCUUGGAAGUCAAACAGCUUCUGCUACGUGUUUUUCAAUUUUCUCAAUGGAAAUUGCAGACGGCCCUUUGUGCCUCGGUUUUUGAACGUUUCAGAAGCCGGACGAUCUUCUGGAACAGAUUACAUUCAAAAACCGAGGUACCACCGUAAAACAAAAACAUUAAGGACCACUGAAAACAUUUUUGAAUGGUCACAUACUCUAUAUGCAACAUAUAACCCACAGUGAAUGCCUCUGCGUGUCAGACAAGAAGGGAUCAGUGUUCCAUUCUGAACAUCAGUAGCCAUGGCUGAUGGUUCUGUGGAGCUGAAAUGGCUGAAGGUUUGGAUAACAUAAAAUUCACUCAGGGUUGUGUAACCUAAUUGUUUUGGUUGCCUUUCAGCAAAGGGGAGUCUGUGGAUCCCAAAGCAAAGGAAUUGGUGCUUCUAGCAAAGUUGCCAAAUUGGUUUCGAAGCCUCCUAUCCUGCAUUGUCAAGCCAAUAGUAAGUUCCCCUUCUCUAGCUGCUGUCUUGAUUUGCUGAAGAAGGCAGCCUAUGGCUGUUGGCACUUUUUGAGAAGGGAUUUUUUAGUCCUGGUGAAUGGGCAACUGUCAGGAAACUGCAAGCAGCGAGGGAGGAAAGAAUUAGAGGAUACAGGGAACGAUCUCCACUGCUCAGUACUGAGUCCUCCUCAGAAGACAGAGAAGAGGAUAGUGAGUCUGGGGAGGAAGGGGUGCUUCAGAGAGAGGGGGAUCCACGUCACAGGGGAAAACGGAAUGGGUUGAGCCGUUGGCUCUGUUGGUCUCGAGGGAGAGGGAAAAGAGAAAGUAGUUAGAGCAACGUGUCAUGAGAAACGGGUCGCUUUGUUUAUUCUGCAUGUAAUCUUGUCAGAAGAAAAUAAAGAAAGGAAUUUAUGGCUGGCUGCCGGGAGUGUUUUUCUGCUAAGUGCAGCAACGCAUGCAGCUGGCUAGCUGACAGUUUGCUCUAACUCAUCAAAACACCCAGCUAACGAGCGCUCGAGAUGAGAGUGUCGGCAAGGAGAAAGCAGGAUGGAAGCUCGCCUUGCACAGCUGGAAAAAGAGAGGAAUGAUUUAUUGGCUACAUCAAAGGAAUUAAGGAUUCGUUUGGAAGAAGCCAGGGCCAGAUCUGAAGGAGCUUCUGGAGGGGGCUUACUGAACCGGUCUUUGAUGCUGGUAAGCAAAUUCAAUGGGGACCCCAGAUUAUACACGGGCUUCAAACUUGACAUGCAGUAUGCCCUGGAACUACAAGGAGCUGCUUUUGCUGGGGAUGCUGACAAGGUGGGGUACCUUAUAGGCCAUUUGACGGGGGCAGCGCGAGAUUGGGUACGCCCACUGCUUGCUAGCCACAAUGCUGCGCUCAGCGAUCUCAAACAAUUCUGGGAAGCCAUGGACAUUAUGUUUUCAUUUGGAUCUGAGGAGGAUGUGACUCAGCAGCAGCUAUUGGAUCUCCGGCAGGGGAACUCAACUGUGAGGGAGUACUGGUCCCAAUUUGCGAUGCUGGUCCACAAGCUUGAUUGGAGCUUAGACUCUCAACCUGUGCAAGCUCUGUUUAAGGCCGGACUGAAUUCUCAGGUGAAAGAUGAGCUUGCCAGGGGCCCCCGACACCAGGACUUGAAUUCCCUCGUUAAGGCUGCUUUGGUGGUGGGCAGCAGGCAGGAACUGAGGCAGCUAGAGAAGGCUGAGAGCAAAGGCCGGCGUUCCCAUGGUGAUCGCAUUCCUGGCAUACCAAGUGAGGGAGAGCAAGGUCACUCUUGCUCAGAGCCGGCCAUUGGAAAUUGACUCUGCCCGCGCGCGGGAAGAUUCAAAGGCUCAACGGCCAACUCACAAGGCGGCAGAAAACGGGCAGGCUGCCAAGAAAUGCUUUAUCUGCCAGAAACCAGGGCACUUUGCCAGAGUGUGUCCUGAACGUCGCAACUGGCAGGGAAUGGUGGGGGCUUCCUCCCAGAUGGGAGAGGGGGGAGUCCAAAAGCAGGGAAACGCCAGUGCCUGGCUGGGAAUGGGGCGGGGCAGCAGCCAGGCCGGAAGGAAACUGAACCAGAGCCCCGACCAGGACGUCCCCAACAAGGCAUAAUUGUGAGGGUGGUGCUGGAUCUCCCCAAUGGACAGGCUAUGGAGGUCCAUGCCCUGUUGGACUCAGGAGCGAGUGCCACUUUCUUCAGCAGGGACUUCGCUGCGCAGCACCAAUUGCAUUUAUUACCUUUGGACUUUCCGUUACAAGUGACCACCAUUGAUGGGAGGGAACUUUUGGGAGGGGAAGUGACCCAUCAGACCCCCCCCCCAUGAGAAUGAGGAUUUCAACGCAUUCCGAAACAAUUGCUUUCCAUGUGGCCACGCUGGCGGGCCCACCCAUCAUUUUGGGCAUGAGUUGGUUGGCCAUGCACGAUCCGGUGGUCUCCUGGCAUCAGCAUAACCUGACGUUUGGAUCGGCGCAUUGCUUGGAGAACUGUUUGGGAGUAAAGGAGCCGCGAGUUGGUAGUGCCAGAGUGGCAGCUACGUGUGCAGGAGAGAAGGGCGGCAUUCCUCCAGGAUAUAUGGACUUGGCAGAGGUUUUCAGCGAAAGAGAGGCAGACACGCUGCCGCCGCACAGGCCUUACGAUUGUCAGAUCAACUUGAUCCCGGGGGCCAAGUUACCGGCAGGAAAACUGUACUCUAUGUCCGAUCAGGAGAUGGAGGACUUAAGAGCAUUUAUAGACAAGAACUUAAGGAGAGGUUUCAUUAGGGAGUCUAGGGCAGUAGGCGGAAGCCCCGGGUUCUUUGUGGACAAAAAGGCAACGCGAGAGAAACGUCUCGUCGUAGACUUUAGGCGAAUCAACGCCCAGACCCUCCCCAUGGCCUUCCCAAUGCCAAGAAUUGAUGACGUAUUGGCGAGGGUGCGAAAGGGGAAAAUUUUCACCAAACUGGAUUUGAGAGGAGCCUACAAUCUCAUCAGAGUGCGAGAGGGGGACGAGUGGAAGACAACCAUGUUCACACCACUAGGGGCAUUUGAAUAUCUUGUUAUGCCCUUCGGUUUACAGUGUGGUAGUCCAUGCUUCCAAGCCUUCAUGCACCACGUGUUGGGACCUUUGCUCUACAAAAACUGCGCUGCAUUUUUGGAUGACAUACUUAUUUAUUCUCCAGACGAAGAACAGCACGUGAAGGACGUGCGGGAAGUUCUAGCUCGGCUCAAGGAGCAUCGCCUAUGGGUGAAACUGGAGAAGUGUCAGUUUCACACGAGAGAGGUCGAGUUCCUGGGCUAUAGGGUGUCGCACGGCUGGCGACCCCCAUAAUGGAUUGCCUCAGUGGCAAGAAGAAGUUUGAGUGGACGGAUGAGGUGCAGAGGGCCUUUGAGAGUCUAAAGAGAGUCUUCGCCUCCGAGGAACAACUGCUGCAUGUCAACCCUGAAUUACCACUACGGGUGGAGACAGAUGCGUCUGAUCAAGCGAUUGGAGCGGUUCUCAUGCAACAAGAUGGGGAGGGGGAAUGGCGUCCAUGUGCCUUUUCCCCCCGGAAGUUCAAUAAAUCGGAAGUGAACUAUAGUAUCUAUGAAAAGGAAUUGCUUGCUAUUGUGUCUGCAUUCAAGCAAUGGCGACAUUUUUUGAUUGGAGCGAAGCAUCAGAUACAGGUGUGCACGGAUCACAAGAAUUUGGAGUACUGGCGGACGGCAAGAGUGAUGUGCCAGAGGCAAAUACGCUGGGCACAGUUCUUUGCCAAUUUCAACUUCAGGAUUCAGUACGUACCGGGUGAGCAGAACGUGAGGGCGGACGCUUUAUCCUGUAAACCUGAGUAUUUGGCAGAGGAAGGACCGCCGACAGCCCGGUUCAUGUUCCCCGAGCAGAGGUGGGCUUGCGGGGCAACAUUGGUGAAGGACGACGAACUGCUACGCUUGAUGCGGGACGAUGCUUUUGCCAGAGGAAAGUUGGAUGAACUUGGGCAAGGGAGAGGGGCUGAGGGAGGUUUCGAGGAAAAAGGGGGGCUACUGUUUUAUCGAGGGGCUUUGUAUGUACCAGGGGAAGCUCUCCGGGCCCGAAUCCUCCGACAACUGCAUGACAGCUCGACGGCAGGACACUUUGGGCAACAUAAGACCAUGUUGUUGGUCACCAGGGAAUUUGGGUGGCCUAAGGUGCAGGAAGAUGUGAAGGAAUAUGUGCGAGGGUGUGAGACCUGUCAGAGAGCCAAAGGGGAGAGGGCAGCUCCGACAGGGUUAUUAGAGCCUCUGCCAACACCAGGGAGGCCAUGGGAGGUGGUAUCAGUAGACUUCAUCACUGACCUGCCCCGGUCCAGGGGGGAAACGGCGGUGUUGGUGGUGGUGGAUCUACUCACCAAAAUGUGCCAUUUUGUGGCGUGUUCUCAUGCGGUAACUGCGGAGGAGACAGCCAAAUUGUUUGUGGAGCACGUGUUUAAGUUGCAUGGGAUCCCUUCGAGGGUCAUUUCGGAUAGGGGGACACAAUUUACCUCAAGGUUCUGGUGCAAACUCAUGAGUUUGUUGCAAGUUGAGGUAAGUUUCACCACCGCCAGACAUCCUGAAAGCAAUGGGCAGGCGGAAAGGGUCAAUGCAGUAUUACAGCAGUACCUGCGUUGUUAUGUGGGGGAGAGGCAGAACGAUUGGGUGGACAAAUUAGCGCUGGCGGAGUUUGCAUACAACAACUCCGAGAAUGUGUCCACAGGGAUGACUCCGUUUUUUGCAAAUCACGGGUGCUAUCCUAGGGCUUUCCCGGGGAGGGGGGAGGAAUCGUGGAGUGUGCCAGCCGCUGAACAGUUCGCGGAGGAAAUGGAAGCAAUUCAACAACAACUCAAGUUGAACUUGGAAAGGGCCAAGGAGGUAUACAAGAGGCAAGCAGACAAGCAUCGGAGGGAAGGGGAAACCCUCUGGGUGGGGGAUAAGGUGUGGUUAUCAACGCAAGGCUUGCCUUGGAAAGGGGGUUGUAAGAAACUCAAACAAAGGAGGGUGGGUCCCUUUGAAAUCAUACAGCAAAUCAACCCGGUGGCCUUUAGGUUGAGGCUGCCAGAGAGCAUGAAAAUUCAUCCAGUGUUCCACCGGUCGCUAUUGUCGGCUUACCGGCUGGGCAUAAGGGAAGGGGAGGUGCCACCGCCAGAAGUCGAGGAAAGGGAGCGGGGACAUCAGAUAGAGGAAAUAUUGGACUCGCGUUGGAAGGGUAAUCAGCUGGAGUAUCUUGUAGCUUGGGAGGGGGCUCCCAGCUCGGAUAGCACAUGGGUGCCGUCAGAUUGGGUCACGGAGGAGGGUUUAGUGGAGGACUCCCACGAGCUAUUUCCACAUAAGCCACAACCAGCAGGGAGGUUCGCUGAGAGGGCGUUUGGGCCGACGGACGAUGAAGAGGAUUUUGAAGGGUUCUCCGCCUCGGACCAAGAGGAAACACAGGGGGGGGGGGGAGGAGUGAGUGAAGAGCGUCCGGGUCCAUCAGAUGUUAGAGUUGGGGUAACGUUUUUGAUGAUACCGAAGAGGAGGAGGAGGAGGAAAUUUUCCUAGGAUUUACCCCCGCGAAGCAUGAGGAGAAUGCAUCGGGGGAGGCUUCUCCUCAGGAAAGGGAGGUGAGGGGGGCCCUUGAGGAGGGGGUGGAUGUCAGGGAACUGCAAGCAGCGAGGGAGGAAAGAAUUAGAGGAUACAGGGAACGAUCUCCACUGCUCAGUACUGAGUCCUCCUCAGAAGACAGAGAAGAGGAUAGUGAGUCUGGGGAGGAAGGGGUGCUUCAGAGAGAGGGGGAUCCAUGUCACAGGGGAAAACGGAAGGGGUUGAGCCGUUGGCUCUGUUGGUCUCGAGGGAGAGGGAAAAGAGAAAGUAGUUAGAGCAACGCGUCAUGAGAGAUGGGUCGCUUUGUUUAUUCUGCAUGUAAUCUUGUCAGAAGAAAAUAAAGAAAGGAAUUUAUGGCUGGCUGCCGGGAGUGUUUUUCUGCUAAGUGCAGCAACGCAUGCAGCUGGCUAGCUGACAGCAACAGUUCUGAUUAGCACUGCAUUUCAGUGCAAUGGAAUGCUGAAGACACACUUCUUUACCUUUGACUUUGUGUGCUUUCAGGAUCCACUCUAUUCCUGUGACUGCGGUUUUUUUUUAUAAAAAAAAACAGUUUUAAACAUUUUUUAAUUCAUGUAACCCACCCUGGGACCCACUAGUGAAGGAUGAUUUAUUUACUUAAUAAUAAUAAAAAAAAUGCUAUACCUCCUAGAUGGAAGGUACACUUCUGUUUGACCAUAAUGUGUUUAUGUAAUGGGCAUUUUCAGCUCAAAGCCUAUCAGUCCUUUCUUUGUUUCCUUAGAGUCUUCGUAUUUCCAAAAUCCUGACAAGCAUGAAUGAGAGGUAAGGCUUCAGGAUGGGGGUGCGGUGGGCUUACAGCUUUCAUAUGCUAGCAUUGCAGCAGCUAUGUUGUUCAUGUCCCAUUUGAACCCCCAACUACAGUGGAAAGACGAGAACGGCAACAAUUCCCACUUGUUUCCUCCUUGAACUUGGUUCUCCACUUUCCCUGCCUGCUGAUUUCUCCCCCCUCCCCACACGCUACCUGAUCUAAGUAACUUCUGUGAAGGUCCAGGUGAUGGCAAGUUUCCAGUGCUUGCAAAUUUCAGCAGAGAUCAAAGCAGAUUGGGGUUGGCUUUUCAUAUGGCCUCACUGAGUUCUGGUGCAGGAGUCUUAGCAGUGCAUUUCUAUGCAUGCCUACUGAAAAGUAGUUCCUUUAGCUUUUCUGGAAAAAUGCAGUCUAAAUUUUAAAUGUACAAUAGCUGCCUUUUUAAAAAAAGCAUAAUAAAUUUAAUUUUUAAAAUUUAAAAAUGCACAGUAGUAUAUUAAGGGGGUGAAAUGCAGUUUCUAAUCACUGCUCCCUGCUGCCCUUGUGGUGCAAAUAUAGGUUGGUGCAUUUAGGGGGGAACUGAGGCGGGACCUAGGAAGGUGCUCAACCCUCCCUGGUUACUUUUUAAUUCCUCCUCAGCAAAUCUUUAAAAUGGGAAUCAACCCUGGUCACUGGAGUGUGGAUGUGUGACCUAGUUUGAUGGAGGCACAGGUGGAUUCAUGAGCAUGGAUGGGGUUUUGUACCAUUCAUCCCUGCUUCCUUACAAAUGCCCCCUCAGUCCCAUAUAUGCUACCUUAGCAAACCAAAUAUUGUUUGGGUAUUGUGUAGUUUUGCCUGUAGCAUAGGCUGUGACUAGCUCCUGUGGUGGAUUACAACCCCAUCCUCACCUUUGGCCAUGCUGAUGGGAGUUGUAGUCUGCCACACCUGGAAGGCACCAUCUUGGUACAAACGAUGAGCAUAAAGGCUGAAUUCACCAAUUUCUCAUUCACCUGCAGCUUCUUUUUGAAUUUUCAGGUCUGUGAAAGAGCUUUGGGAACUUCACACGGAAAUUGAGGUAAUUUCCUUUUAGGGUUUUUGUUGUUGUUGUUAAGAGUAUUUCAAGCUCCAUAAAUGUCCCAAGAAGUUUAUGGGAAAGGCGAUUAUAACCUUUGUCAGCCUUGGACCAAAAUCUUCCUACCUCUGAGAAAUAUUACAAUAUCUGUUUUAUUUCAGAUUGUAAUAUGAAAAUCCAGCCAAGUUUCUAGGCUUACUCACAUAGCCUUCUGCAGCUGUUUCCCCCAGUAAUGUACCCAAGUGAGGUCUAGUUCUGACAUAGCUUUAUACAAAAUCUUCCUUCCGUUUCAAAUAAUGCUGUACAUUGAAAUCAGUGUUAAAAGACAAUACUGGAGUGUCUGUCAUGCAAAGAACAUCCUUGGAGCUAACAGAGUUACAACUGCAGUGUAUUAUUAGUCAUGAACUUCAUUUUGUCACUUUGGCAUCUUAAUUGCUCUAUAUCAUCUUGGUCCACCCCAGAGCUUUAAAAGUUCUAAAGCUCUAACAGAAUACACACUCAAUCCCUGACUUCUGCAGGUAGGGCUAAGAGAAAACAACCAUCUGACGCCCCAGGGAGUCACUGCUGGGUGAGACCAGAUGCUUGACUUAAUCUAAGGCACCGUCCUAUGUUCUUACAUCCAAAUGUGAACAUGUGCAGAGAAGAGGGACUGCAUAUUUUGCUCCUGUGGCCACAUCUGGUAGAGAAGAAAUUGGGUGGAGAGGACCUAUGGAGGCUGACCCCAAUAUGGCAGGUCUUGGCUGCUCUCCAGAGUUCUGAACUGUGUCCUUGAAGAGGACUCAAGCUGCAAGGGCACUAACAAAAUGGCUUGCUGGUGAUUCCUUAUCAGAAAUUGCUGCUGCUUUCCAAGCCCCCCUUAAAAUGUCAUCUCUCCAUGUGGCUGCAGCAGAAGUGACAGUUGCAGAGGAUUUUAGAAACAUGCAACUUUAAAGGGGCUUUAUUUAAGUAAGGCUUUUGAUUGCUGCUUUUUAUCACAAGCGAGCCCAAAGCAGUUGAUUCCUGCUUCAAACUCUGUGCGACUCCAGGGUACUCUCCUCUCCCCAACAUCCCCAUUUCUGCUGCCUUGGAGAGAAUGUCACUAUGUUCAUGCUUGAUUUGAUGUUUGGAUCCUGCCAUUCACUUAACAGGAAUUUUGGAGGUCAGGCCAUGCUUUUUUUAAAAAUAAUUUUUAUUAAAUUUCCAGUUGACAAACCAAUCAUAUCACAUUAGUUCCAAAUUAUACCAAUAUAUAAUAAACUCCAAAUAUUUCCAAAUAUUUAGCUGAAUUUUAAAUUUUUGUUGGGGGUACCCAUGCUUCGAGUUCAGAAAGGGUCCAAUCCUCUCAUAUUUCUGCUGCUUUGAUGUUCACAAGUCCCAUCUCUCCAUCUCUUUGUUGUUAUCCUUUACAAAUCCCAUCUUCCAAUCUUCGUGUUGUUAUCAUUUUCUUUCUUUCUUUAUAACCUCUGAGAUGAUCUCCACAAGCGAGUUGAAGCAAACUUCUUUCUUUAUAACCUCUGAGAUUAUCUCCACAAGCGAGUUGAAGCAAACAUUAUUAUAGUCUUGUGUGGAUUUUCCCGCUGAUCCAAAAGUCCUGUUCAAAUGGCAGAUGCCAUUUCAGCAGUUCCCAUAAGAUACAGUCUAGGCGUCUGCUCGUUAACUUUCCCAGAUCAGUUUCUCCAUACAUCAGUCUUUUCAGGGGAGUUCUUGCCAGAUCAAACGUAGAAUUCAGAUAUGAUAACAAAAGCGUGGCUUCCUCCCCCCUUGACCGUAAAUCCUGCAACAAAGUCUGUCUCAUAAUGGUGGUUCCCAAUUAGAACUGCGUCAUCCAAAAGCUUUUCGUUUCCUUUCCAGAUCUUCUGCAAAACAAAGCCUUUAGUUAAUAAUUUUAUUUCCACACCGUUUAUUUUCCCAUCUCACUUGCUAUCAGUCGUGUGAUGGUUCUUCUUAGGGAGGGGUUGUUAAGUAAAUCAUAUAAAAAAAGGGAAAGUUCCCCCCCUUUCCGCUCCAUUUCAACAUACUGACAUAGCUGUGAUUCUUUGAUGUAAUCUUCUGUUCAAUCCAACCCGUCACUCAGCUUCUCAGAGGUCAAUUUAAUUAGCAAUCAAUACUCCCUUUCCUUCGCUCGAAACAUGUGCAUUUACUCUUCUCCAAUUGUUUAUCUUGAGCAAUGCAACUAGGAUCGCGAUCAGAAGCGGCGUCAGGGAGAGCCAAAAACUCACUCGAGGGCUUUCUGUCCAGUGCCCCUACCCCAUCCUUCUUUUGAAUUCAGGGGUGAUUUAUAGGCAUCCGCGGACAAGGCAGCAUUUUCCCAUCCCCUGGGAAAACCCGGGAGGCUAAUUACUCCCAUCAUUAGCCUCUUAAUUACCUCGUGUGAGCCGGAGAGAUGGUAUUGUCGGCCAUCUUCCAAUGCGCCCCUAGCGGCCCCCUGGAGGUCGGGCCAUGCUUAGUUCUUCCGGUUAGAUUCUUGUUUGCUGCCAGUCAUGUGCAGCCACUCAUGCUGAAGUAUGCCUGUUGCUGCUGCUGCUGAUUUUUUGUUUUUGUUUUUAACUAUUCUCCCCUCUUAGGAAUACUGCCAGGAAUUCAUUGGUGAAUGGAGGAGGCUAGAUCUAGAUGUGGUGCUUUGUCCUGUCCUGGGUCCUGCUUUUAAGAUUGGGUUACCUGGGAGACUGUCAGGUAAUUCCACAUUGCAUGGGAAAUGAAGUCUCCAGAGGGCACUGGUAUAUGUUGGAGUACUUUCAUGUAUACUGCAACUUGCACUGGAUUCUGAUGCUGUAAGCCAAGAAUGGUCAACCUUUGUGUUCACAGAAGCCUCUUUAUUGUCCAGACAAUACUCUGGGGACUGGAUGUACAGUAUAUCUUGUUGCACAACCUGACCCCCUUUUAUGAGUCAGUGUGGCUUAGCAGCAAUAGAUUCCUACUUAAAAGGCACAUAUGCUUGGGUGAUGUGUAGUGGCUUUCAUGUUCUUGGCAGAAGAUCUUCUCAGCCUGAAGAGGAGGUUGAUGGUACUUCUGUACUUCUAACUGAAUGUACAAGAGAGCAAUGCAAUAAUAAAAAAACCCCUGAUAGGAAAUACAUUCAGUGUAUUAGUACUUCUUCUCUAAGUCACUGUUGAGUAGGGAAUUGCAAACAAAACAUAAUGGAGAGCAAAUAUCUCUCUGGUUGUCACCAAGCAUUCUACAUUAGUGGUUAAGCAAACACUCAAGGGAGGCCAUUGGCUCUGCCCCCCUCCACAAGCUUGGAGAGUGAUCUUCCAAAGUGGAGAGCCUCCUUGUCAAAGCUUCUAAAAAACCGCAGAGAGCCUAUCUGAGUACAGGAGGCUCACUGCUUCUGAAGUUUGGCUUCCAAUGCAUGGCAGGUGACUGGAACAGCAACCAGGCAGAAGUGAGCAUAGCUAACCUGGUCAUCGCUGCUGUCCUCCCUCACCUGCUGACUGAACCCUAAUGUAGGAUGCCUGAAGAGGGGCUUUUGUCAUGCAGCCUUGGGAAAUGGUUUCUUUGCUCCAGUUUUGCUUGUAAGCAGUUUUCUUUAACCACUCCUUGAUUGAAACUUGAUAGUCAUCAGACUCAAGAACAGUUGUCCUUUGCCUUUCUUUUAAAGUAGCCCAAGUCUCAGCUGGGACUUACAUCAGUGACUGAGGAGCAGUCAAAACAAUUGGAUAGUUGCCAGGAUGCAGCACUGGAAGCCAAAAGAGAGAGAUCUCCCGGCUGCGCCCUGCCUUUAAUGGGCAGGCCACACCCCCUGACCGACUGGAUUGGCUGGCCCGGCCAUUGACGCAGCCGGGAAACCCCAACUGCGCAGGGCUGGCCACCUACCCUUUGCGCAUGGGGAGGGAUGUGAGAACCCGCAACACCACCUCCUCUUAUGGCGGAAGUGGCCUUACCAAGCCCUUUGCUAUGAGUGCAUCUGAUGUUGCUCCAUCUCCAAAUAUAAAUGUAAAAAUGCAGUAAGAUGAUUCAGGCCAAGUCAGAAAUUGUGUAGCAGCAUGCUUUAAGACAGGGUGGGGUAGCUGUGCCCCUCCAGAUGUAGGACUACAACUCCCAUUAUCCCUGACCAUGCUGACUGGGGCUGAUGGGAGCUGGAAUCCAGCAGCAUCUGAAAGCCCAUGGGUUCACAGCAACUUGUCACAAGGGCUGCAGCUGGGCUUGGAUGGGUGGGAGGGUUUUUCCCAUGCUAGCUCUAGCUUUAGAAUAAUUGAGAAUCUAUACCCCUUUUGUGAGAGCAAGUGUACUUGUGUGCUGGAGGAAUUGUGUAGAUGAGAGCUUGCAGUAGUGGCCCAUGUUCUUGUCAAACACCUGUCUCAGUUGCAUGGUGGCAGUGCUAGUGUAAUUCAGCUUUGGUGGUGUUCAACAAACUUGUUGAAUUAGCACGAGGAUGACCACUGGUGCAAUGGGACUUCUCACCGUUCUUGCCCCAUGCACCUUCCUGAAAUAUGCUCCAGAGGGUUGGGGAAUCACGUAGGACAGAUUUGGGGGAAGGAGGAAGAGAAAGAAUGAGAAUAUUAUGCUGCACAAGGAGGAACCCUUGUGCUGAUGGAACGAUUGCAUAACGCUGCAUUGAUUACAUCCCCUCAUGUGUUCAGUGGGUGCUUCCCCUGUAACAUUUGUCAGGGCCUUACUAUGUAUGGGCCAAUCUGAUCCCAUGGGAAGUCUCCAGAAAGAUGUUGCAGUCUCUUAUUGAGGGCCACUGGCAUGGAGAAGUCCCUGUAUGAAGUGGCCCAUGUUUCAUUGCUUGAGAGAAGUCUUGAUUUCUCCAGUCGGUCUUCUCACCAGUAAAAGGAGGAGGAGGAGAAUCUAUCACGUAGGACUCGUAGUGGUGAAUCGUAUAGCACUUUCUGCUGUAGAGGGAUUAGAUAAAGUGCCAAAGAGAUUUGACCAGGUGCCCUUAUCUAUAGUUAAAAGUUUUAACCUGUCCUUUUGACUCUGCAGUGGGAGCCAGUUACACCAUCUUGUAUAACUACUUGGACUUCCCCGCCGGGGUGGUGCCUGUCACGUCGGUGACAGAGGAGGAUGAGGAGGAGCUGAAGAGUUUCAGAGGGCACUUUAAUGAUAUGUGGGACAAGGUCUUUGCGAAGGUUUGUCACCAUGUUGGUUUUGGAAGCAACUGCUUUGUAGUGGGCAUCAGAAGCCAUUAUUUGGUAGGAAAAAAACCUUAUUCCCUUGUUCUGUCCCUGCAGGCAGUGCAAGGGGCUGUGGGACUCCCUGUGGCCGUCCAGUGUGUAGCUUUACCAUGGCAAGAUGAGCUGUGCCUCCGGUUCAUGAAGGAAGUGGAGAAACUGACCCGAGAGAAAUCAAACAAGAAUUGA